AUGGAGCCCCCGGGCGCCCGGGCCCCGCGGCUGCUGCUGCUGGCGCUGCUGCUGGGCGCGCGCCCAGGUGUCCAGGCAGCGAUGCAGGUGUCCGUGGCCCCGCUGGUGGAGGUGAUGCGAGGCGAGACGGUCACCCUGGACUGCACCCCUUUGGGGGACUAUAGCCAGUACCAGCUGAAGUGGUUCCUGGCCGACCGCUCCGGGACCCGCCACCUCCUGGCCGAGGCCCAGGUGCAGGGCCCCGAGGUGCAGGCCAGGGUGCAUGCCGCCCGGGGCCGCAGUCCCCCGUACCAGCUGCAGGGCCAGGGCCACCUGGUGCUGGCGGAGGCCCAGGUGAAGGACGAGCGGGACUACGUGUGCGUGGUGACCGCGGGGGCGGCGGGCACCGCCGAGGCCACCACCAAGCUGCAGGUGUUCGCAAAGCCAGAGACCACCGACGUCUCCCCCAACCUGGGCACGCUGUCUGUGAUGGAUGACUCUGCCCAGGAGAUCGCCACCUGCCACAGCCGCAACGGGAACCCCGCCCCCCAGAUCAAGUGGUACCGGAACGGGCAGCCCCUGAAGGUGCCCAUGGAGGUGAACUCAAACAGCUACAUGACCAGCCGCACCGUGCGGGAGGCCUCGGGCCUGCAGUCUCUCACCAGCACCCUCUACCUGCGGGUGCACAAGGAGGACCGGGACGCCCGCUUCCACUGCUCCGCGCACUACAGGCUGCCCCGUGGCCAGCACGGCCACCUGGACAGCCAGGCCUUCGGCCUCACCCUGCACUGUGCGUCCCCGCCCGCCCCGACCUUGCCCUUGGGCUUCACACCCCCGGAGGCCUGA